CCUUACUUAAUUAUUUUAUUAGGCUAAAAUAGUGUCAUGCUUAACAGUAAUCUAGAGGCAUGACUAAUUGUUUAUAUUUAUUCAAAACCAUAUUCACUAAUGGCUUUGGGUAGAAGGUCAAGCUACUAAAUAAAUGUGCUUCUAAUUCAAAACAAUUAUGCUAAAAGAAUGAAGGUAUUAAAAGAUUUAUUAGUAAUUUGGAAAACACUAGUUCUUAUUAGUGUACCAUUAUUAGCAUCACCCAUUUUGUCAAUAAAUGGUUCUAAGGAGUUGGCUUGUUUGUAUGGUGUCAUAAUAGUCUCUGCAUUUUGGAUAACAGAGGUUUUACCACUUCCUGUAACAGCCCUCCUACCUAUUGUCAUAUUUCCUUUACUUGGAGUAUUACCAGCGAAGGAAGUAGCCCUGAGUUAUGUUAAGGAUGUUUCCAUGUUUAGCUUCAGCUGUUUGUCAUUUGCACUAUGCAUUGAAAAGUGGCACCUUCACAGAAGAAUAGCAAUCAAAACAUUGUUGUGUAUGGGAACAAGUCCUAAAUGGCUUACCCUUGGCUUUAUGUUACCUACAUGGUUUUUGUCAUUAUGGAUAAAUAACACAUCUGCGACUGCUAUGAUGGUACCAGUUGUUAUGGCUGUACUUGAUCAGUUGCAUAAAUUAGAAGCAUCAUCAAUAGAGCUAAACACUUUUGAAGAACCAGCAUCAGAAGUCAUUUCUCAAAAUAAUGACCAGAAACAAGCGAUUAAAAAAUAUAUAGAUAAUGAAGCAUUUCAUUAUCCCAACAAAGAGUAUAAACAAAUGUGUAAACUGCUGAACCUUUGUGUCUGCUAUUCAGCUUCAUUAGGAGGAAUUGGAUCCAUUACUGGAUCAUCUACAAACUUAAUAAUGCAGGGCCAGUCUGAUGCAAUUUUUGAGUCCUAUGGCUUGCAGUCUGGUGUGAACUUUCUUAGCUGGUUUUUGUGCUGCUGUCCAGUUGCAUUCUUGUGUUUAAUUUUGAUGUGGUUAUGGCUUGUGUUUCAUUUUUUGGGUUUCAGAGAGCUGACAAGUUGGAAGUGUGGAGAUUCUGUGAAAAAUGAAUCUUUAAAAGCUGUGCUAAGAACUCAUCUUGAGGAAAUGGGUUCUCUUAGCUUUGCAGAAACAGCCAUCAUUGGACAUUUCAUAAUUCUUCUAUCAUUGUGGUUAUCAAUGAAAUUCCCUGGUGGUGUAGGCUGGAGUCUUUGGUUUAGGCCUGAGUUUGUCAACAACUCAACUCCUGGAAUAAUAUUGCUGCUGUCUCUCUUUCUUUUCCCAUCUGAGAAACCAAAAAUCUUCUGUAGGCAGAACGCAAAUAAUACAUCAUUAGAUGAAAAUAUCUUGUAUAGACCAGUUCCAGCCCUUCUAGAGUGGAAAAAUAUUCAAGAUCAUUAUCCUUGGGGUACUUGGUGUUUACUUUGUGGAGGAUAUGCAAUUGCUCACAUUUGUCAGGAAUCUGGCUUAUCAUUGUGGAUAGCUACUCAACUCUCUGUAUUUUCCAAUAUGCAGCCUUGGAUUAUGCUAUUCAUAUUGACAUUGAUUAUAUCUUUUAUGACAGAGAUUACCAGCAAUGCAGCAAUGAUUAGUAUUUUGUGUCCCAUUCUUGCUGAACUAGCAUUAUCGAUGCAAAUGAAUCCACUAUAUCUGCUUCUUCCUGCAACUUUGGCUUGUUCUCUGGCGUUUAUGCUUCCAGUUGCUACUCCACCAAAUGCUAUUGUAUUUGCUAUAGGGCAUAUCAAAGUCAAAGAUAUGGUGAAAGCUGGUUUAGUUCUUAAUUUUCUUUGUCUUAUAAUGAUCAACAUUGCUACCAACACCUGGAUGACUGCUAUUUUAGAUCUUAAUGUAAUUCCACCUGUUAUGAAUAGACAAUUAAACCUUAGUCAUGCAUUUGUUAAUACAACAAAAUAAAAUGAGUAUAAGAAGAAUAAAUUAAUCUUUGAACAUACAAAAAA